GGGCGCUACGCUGAUUUCGUAGCGCUGGAGCAGGGGUAGGAAAUGGCUCCGCCUCGGGCCGCGGGGCCGCGCGGGCAGGGCGAGCGUACGCGGGUCUGUGAAUAGCGGCGGCGGAGCGGCGGGAGGAGGAGGAGGAGGAGGCGCCGCGGCGGUUUGGUACCGAGCGGAGAGGGAGAUGCACACGGCACUCGAGUGAGGAAACAGAGAUGAAGGUACACAUGCACACAAAAUUUUGCAUCAUUUGUUUGCUGACAUUUAUCUUUCAUCAGUGCAAUCAUUGCCAUGGAGAUGGACAUAACAAUGGUCCUAAAAAGGAUCGUGGACACUACCAUAAUGACUAUCAGAUCUCAAAUGAAUCGUACUUCCAGAGUGGAGGAACAGAAUCUAUGCCGAGUAAAUUUUCAACGUUGGAAGCUGAAAAUGAGCAAAAAUACUACAUUGAAAAGAUUUUUGAUCGUUACGGUGAAAAUGGAAGAUUAUCUUUUUUUGGCCUGGAAAAACUGUUAAUAAGCCUUGGUUUAGGAGAGGUAAAAGUAGUGAUGAUAAAUCAUGAUGAUAUUGGCCAUGAUCAUGUUUCUCACUUAUAUGCUUUAGAAGUACAGGAAGGAAAGCAUUUUCACACUCAUAACCAUCCUCACAGCCACUCAGAUUCAGAAAACCAAACCACGAUUGGUAUGUCUGCAAAGAGAAAUCAUAAAUGUGAUGCUGAGAGAGACACAGUGGUGCCAUCAGUAAAAGAUGAUGGCAAACACGUUCAUGACCAAAGUCGCCGUCACCACCACCACCACUCUCGUCCACAUCGCCAUGACCAUAACGGCACCCAUCACUCCCGUAAUGAUUCAGUUAGUCAUCGUGAGCAUGGGGAACAGAACCAUGAACCUUCAACAGAGACAAACACAACUCAGGAUCAGCCAGAGAGAAAACAACGGAAACAGAAAAAGAAGCAGAAGAAGAUCAGCGAGACUUCGGGAGAUGCUACGUGGGAUUAUGCCCCGGAUCGUGAUCCCGGUGAUCAGUAUGAGCACAAUCGUGUCCAUAAACAUGAUCACGUGCAUGAUGCAUCUCACUUGCAUGUGCACCAUCACGACCACAGUAGUGAUCGUUCUAGUAGUCAUGGACAUCAAGAUGCCAGCUUAGGUAGUGACGAUGGGCACCGAAAUACCAGCAAGCGAGAGGCACCUCGCAAGCAGAUCAGUGUAAGAAAACGUGCCCUCUUAUCAACGCGUGGUCACAAGGAUCGUGAAGAGUGCUUAAAUGCUACCCAGCUGCUACGAUAUUAUGGUCUGGAAACCAGCUCUCUAAUAUCUCCUGAAUUGUUCGUGUACAUAUGUCCUGCUUUGCUAUACCAGAUUGAGAGAAGGCUUUGUAUUGCACAUUAUGAUGAGUUUGAAGACGUUAUGAAAAGUAAAAAUGCGUCAAUUGAGAAUAAAGAUAAAACAGGUGCAUCAGCCUGGUUUUGUGGUAUCAUCUCUAUCACCGUCAUUAGCCUGCUUUCCUUGCUAGGGGUGAUCUUGGUUCCCAUCAUUAACCAAUGGUGCUUCAAAUUUCUUCUAACUUUCUUGGUAGCUCUGGCAGUAGGAACAAUGAGUGGAGAUGCACUGCUCCAUCUAUUGCCACAUUCACAUGGAGGCCACAACCACAGUCACCACCAUGGCCAAGGUCAUGUCCACGAACACAAGCGUUCCCAUCGACAUGCCCAUGGACAUGGAGUGCGGACCGAAGGCUUCCUAGAAGAAAAUGAUCCAGUGCUGAAAGGUCUUGUGGCACUUGGAGGCAUUUAUGUUUUGUUCAUCAUUGAACACUGUAUAAGAAUGUACAAACAUUACAAUAAACAAAAGAGUAAGCAGAAAUGGUGCAAAAAAAACCAGACUGAAGAAUCACCAAUUGGAAGGAAACUUUCUGAUCACAAAUUAAAUAAUAGACCAGAUGCUGACUGGCUUCAGCUGAAACCCCUUGCAGGAGCAGACGACUCGGUUUUAUCUGAAGAUCGACUGAAUGAAACUGAACUAACUGAUCUGGAUGGGCAGCUGGAAUCCCCUCCCAAAAACUUCUUGUCUGUAGAAGAGGACAACAACAUGCGCCAUUCCCACAACGACGUCUCACGUGCUGCUCAAGAGCAUGACCUUCAUGACUCAGAGUAUGACAGCCAUGGAGAAGAUAAAAUGAUAGCUAGAAAACACAGUCACCACUGGCAUCACAAACAUUCCCAUCACUCCCAUGGCCACUGUCAUUCUGGAAAAGACCUGAAAGAUACUGGGAUAGCUAAUAUUGCUUGGAUGGUAAUUAUGGGAGAUGGCAUUCACAACUUUAGUGAUGGCUUAGCAAUCGGAGCAGCUUUUAGUGCUGGACUGACAGGAGGAAUUAGUACAUCUAUAGCAGUAUUUUGUCAUGAGCUUCCCCAUGAAUUAGGUGACUUUGCUGUGCUCCUCAAAGCAGGUAUGACGGUAAAGCAGGCCAUUGUGUACAACCUGCUGUCAGCCAUGAUGGCAUACAUCGGGAUGCUGAUCGGCACGGCCGUGGGGCAGUACGCCAACAACAUCACCCUCUGGAUCUUUGCCGUCACUGCUGGCAUGUUCCUCUACGUGGCCUUGGUGGACAUGCUUCCAGAAAUGCUUCAUGGAGAUGGAGAUAAUGAAGAGCAUGGCUACUGUCCCGUGGGGCAGUUUGUUCUUCAGAAUCUAGGCCUGCUUCUUGGAUUUGCCAUCAUGCUGGUGAUCGCCCUCUAUGAAGACAAAAUUGUGCUUGACAUCCAGUUUUGACCUAAUUCUGGUAAUCACUGUGGUUACAAUAACGUUGCUGUAUGGCUUUGAGUCUGCACUGUUUCGCUGUAUGCACAUUGCUCGGAGGAAACGCGGUGGCUUGCACUACUUACACAAGUACAGGACAUUCAUUUCCACCUAGAUUAACUAAUGCUUUUUUCUAAUUCAAAUCAGAUGAGGUCACCCAAUGCAACUUCUAAACUCGAGCGAUCAACACCUAGGAAACACAAAAUAUGAGAAAUAAAGGCCAAGUUCAGUGUACUAUAAUAGCGAGCACUGCUUGCUUAAGAAAGAAGAAGUACAGUGAAUGAUCUUCAUAUUUGGGAAAAAAACAUUUCAUUGGUACACCUGGACAGAACCCAGAAGAUGUUACAGCUAAAACUCAAACCUCUGCAAGGAACCCGAGCAAGCUUUUAGUGCCACCUAAGUCCUGAGUAGUGCGUAUAUGUAUCUAUAUAUGUAUAGAUCUAUGUAGAUAUAUACAGAUAUGCAUACAUAUAUAUGUGUGUGUGCGUGUGUGUAUAUAUAUAUAUAUUAAUUCUGUGCUGAUUUUUCUGCAUAGUGGUGACUUGAAAUAUUAAAUUUUACAGCAGGACAUGACUGGAAACCACUAUGCCAAUUUAAAUUUUUAAAAAGAAACCCAAAGCCUAAACACUGUUUAAAUUCUUACAAGACUUGUUACGCUCACUCCAUCAUUCCAAUCCUGUGUAAGAAGGCAGGCUGUUGCCAUGUACUCUGACUUCUGUUGAGGGUCAGUUUGAUGAUCUUCUUCCCAACUAAGAUUUAUUUGAUGUUUGUUCCUUGAUAUUAGUAGGAAAACGCAAAAUGCAGUAGAAUUAGUGUUAGCUUGGGAAAUCCCUGACAUUGGAGUUAUUGAGCUAUUUCUGGUUCUUUCUUACAGAUGCUAAACAUGUAUUGUGUGCCACUUGCAGCAUAAACUACUGAAGAAUUGUGGCUGUGAAUUUGUGCAAACUCUUUUAACAAAGAAUCCAUAUGGGAAUUUCUCCAUUUUUUAAAAACUAUUAUUUUGAACUAUGUUCUCCUCUUCAUGUUAAAACAAUCCAAAGUUCAAGAUGCUAGUUACUGAACCUGGGCACAAAGGUUAAAUUAUGCUCUGUGUAUGUUGUACUGGUAGGUUAUUUACAAUACUGUAAUAGCAGAUCAAAUGUGUUUCUACAAUGCCUUGUUAUCAGACAUUGCAACACCAGCCAUUUCUGGCAGUAGAGAGUAUGUAAGAAGAUUUCUACUUCCAGUAUAAAGGAGUUCAUUUCUAAGAUAUUUUUUUACAAUUUUGGUAUUUAAAUUAGAUUAUUAAAAAGCAGAUGUGGUAGAACAGUGGUAUGUGUCAUUCGGAAGAAUAGACUGAAACUUUGGGCCUUAACUUGCUGGGACCAGCUGUCCUAGAUCAGAUUGUGCUGAUAAGCGUAUAUUGCCAGACAUGAGUUAGUUCUUCUUGUACCCUUCUCCUUAAAAAAAAAUUGUGAGUUUGUGAGGAGCGCAAGUUGAUUCUGUAGUACCACUCCUAAGCAUGGUAGUAGGUUUUUUUAAAACAUACCGUUUGUCUAUUUUAUGUGUAUGCCAGGUAAAAGCUGUAUUUUGACUACGUGCCGUAAGUUUUGUUUCGGUCUGCUUGGUGCCAGUGUAGCUGCUAAGAACACUGAUCCUAACGCCUUUAAUGAGAGCCAGUUGGUAUCUUCAUUCCAUUUCAAGUUAAUGUGUUUCCUGUGGCCCUUUACUUUUGAAGCUUCAUUGGUCAGUUUAGCUUUUACUGAGAGCAGCUCAUGUAUUUUAAAGUAAACGGUCAGUUGCCAGUAUUUCUUCCUAAAUCAGUAUCAGGAAACAGUAUUAAGGGUCCAUUUCAAAGAAGGGUGCAGUUUCUUCAGUGAAGAAGC